AUAGAGGAGGUGCAAGUGCUCCUCCGGGGCUACGUCCGCACCUGUAUAUCGCGGAAUAACCAGAAACAGCGGCAGCUCGAUAGCUUGCUAUCUUCGCGCGAGUGCCUUUGGACACGUGGGAUCGUCUACCCCUCACCAGGGACCCACUCUCUGACCAUGCCGUUCAGCCUUGAGCUUCCGGAGAGCGUACCGCCCUCAUUCGACAUCAGCUACCCAGGAGUCGACGCGACGAUCCGCUACUUUGUCGAGAUCAUCGGCGUCCGUCCGGGUGCGCUGCGCACGAACUUCCGGUCGCAGCACCCAUUAGCGGUGGUAUCCCCCGAUCCGGUCGGCGCGCAGGUGAGGACUGGUCUUCGAAGCGGCUGGAAUGGGCCCUGGAAGGUCAUCACCGAGAAUAAACGGAUUCGGCGCGGGUUUUGGGGAGAGUUCGCCGAUGUGAGCGUGGAGCUCGCGUUUCCUCUCGUGCCCGCUCUCCCCCUGCAUACCCAGAUCCCCUUCCGGAUAUCAGUAUCGACGCUCAGCAAAACGCUGGACUCGGACGAUGGCAAGGAGAUCUGGCCAGUGCCCCCGAUGCACCCGGAGAAGGUGCAUUUCAAGCUGAAGCGCAGAGUGCACGUGAAGGCAGGGAUGUGGAGCCAAUAUUCAGUCCAGGAUGUCUCUCGGCUUGGUGGUAUGGGCCGCUCGCAUGGCGCGGUGGAGAUAUGCGAGUCGCAGUGUCAGUGGGUCCCCCUCGCCAAGUCCUCCAAGGGAAAGUGGAGGCAACGGAAGACGUUUCGCUCCUCGUUCAGGCUGAGCUGCCCACCGACGUUCACGAAUUAUUUAGUGAAGAAUGAGUACUUCUUGUAUAUUGAAGUACCGUUUAGCGGGUUCUUGAACAAUUUGUGCAGUAUCGUUCCGGUCACAAUCUCCUCUGGCAAGAUGCCACGCCGUGCGGCUGAUCAGAUUGUCGUGCCUUCACAUCUGUGGCCAGACUGGGAACAGAUCGAUUUACCCCGUAAGCGGAAGUAUGCACUAUCCUUUGCGUAG